CUCACUGCUGCAGUCAGAGCUGCCUCUCGGCAGACUUCACUGAGGGAAGAGCUCAGUGCGAUUCUCACAGAAGUUUGCUUUUGCCAAUAAGAACCAAGGCCUAUUUCUGAUAAUCACAUGAUUUGACCAAGAGUCAAAGUGGUCCGCAGGGGUCACUGGAAAAGACAGAGAGCGGCAGGGGGAAUGAUUGCUUUUAGGUGAAAAGGAAACAUGACUGAAGGAGGGGGAGAGGACCUGAGUUCAUGCACUUUCAUGCAUCUGGGAGCUGCGCUGGAAAUUUAAUGAACUUCACCUGAAGAAGACCGCAUCUGAGACUGGUUGAUCAACCAAUCUUCUGCAGCCGCUCUUAAGUUUUUUUUUCUGCUCGAGCUGCAGAUAAACCUGAGCAGUUUUUUUUAUUUUUAUUUUUUUAUAGUGAUCUACAGAGAUGGCAUUGUUGCACUCCUUUCCUGCAAAACUAAAUCGGACGCCGCGGUUGAUUUUUUGUCUCAUCUGCUUUCUUACACCGUGCAAAAGCUUGUUUGUGAUAAAUAGUGAAGACAGCGCUCAAAAUCAAGGUGCCUCUGAGGUUCUUCACUCGCUCAAUUUACCUCAAAACACAGAAUAUGAAAUAGUAGCCCCCUAUGAGGUUAACCACCAAGGUGUGUACAUCUCUCAUGAAGUCGCACAUCAUAAGCGUAGAAGACGGCGUAGAUCCCUUCCUUCUGAUGCGCACCCUUCAGACGCUGGCCCCACCAGUGAAACAGUCCACUUCCAGCUCAGGGGAUUGGGCCAGGAUUUCCACAUGGAGCUGAGAGAGGCUUCACAAAGCCUAAUCGCACCUGGCUUCACUGUCCAGGUCCUGGGAAGAAACGGCACAAAGAGCCUGAGGGCCUACCACCAAGACGACCACUGCUUUUACCAGGGGUCACUGAGGUCAAGGGUCAACUCCUCAGUGGCACUGUCCACAUGCUUGGGGAUGUCAGGUUUGAUCCGAACACAGGAUGCAGACUACUUCUUGAGACCAGUGUCCCGUAGCCUUGCAGAGAAGGAGAACUUCACCUCUCCUAUCAGUCACCAGCCACACAUCCUCUACAAGAGUGAUGGAAACACCAAUUCAAAGCAGACCCAUCACAAGCUUCACAGUCUUCAGAAAAGAUCUACUGAUUCAUCUCAUCACAAAUCAAGAUUACCUUCCUCAACUGAGCCUCUGCAAAUUCAAAAAGGUUCCAGCCAUGUUAAUCUGCAUGACAAAAGUAAUGACACAAGUUAUGGAGGCCAGCUGAAGCAUGGAGAGCGCAGCCGUCAUCGCAGUUAUUACAAACAUGGGGAAAAGCAGAGGCAGCACUUCUGUGGGAGAAGGAAGAAAUAUAUGCCAAAACCUCCAGAAGAGGAGGUUUUCAUCCUUCCAGAUGAGUACAAGUUUGUCCCCAGGAACAAACGGGCAGUGCUGACGAAGAAUCAACCCAACCAGAAGCUCAAUGUGGAGACACUGGUGGUAGUUGACAAAAAGAUGAUGAAUAACCACGGCCAUGAGAACAUCACUACAUAUGUACUUACUGUGCUUAACAUGGUUUCCAGUUUAUUCAAGGAUGGCACAAUAGGAGGGAAUAUCAACAUUUUUAUAGUGGGUCUCGUUCUGUUGGAUGAAGAGCAGAAUGGCUUGUUCAUCAGCCACCAUGCUGACCACACUUUAAACAGCUUCUGUCACUGGCAGUCAAUUCUUGGAGGUAGAGAAGGCCGACACCAUGACCACGCCAUCCUCCUCACAGGACUCGACAUUUGCUCUUGGAAAAAUGAACCCUGUGAUACCCUUGGCUUUGCUCCAAUCAGUGGAAUGUGUAGCAAGUAUCGCAGUUGUACUGUUAAUGAGGACACUGGCCUGGGUUUGGCCUUCACCAUUGCACAUGAAUCGGGACACAAUUUUGGAAUGGUCCACGACGGUGAGGGCAACGUUUGCAAAAAGUCAGAGGGCAACAUUAUGUCUCCAACGUUAGCAGGUCACAAUGGUAUCUUCUCUUGGUCUCCUUGCAGUCGCCAGUAUCUCAGCCGCUUUCUAAACACUGCCCAGGCUUUCUGCCUAUCAGAUGAACCCAGAGCAGUCAAGGAGUACCGGUACCCAGAGAAACUGCCAGGCGAAAUGUACGACGCAGACACACAGUGCAAAUGGCAGUUUGGAGAGAAGGCCAAACUCUGCACCCUUGAUUUCAAGAAGGAUAUCUGCAAGGCUCUGUGGUGCCACCGUGCUGGGAGGAAGUGUGAAACCAAAUUCAUGCCAGCUGCUGAGGGCUCUGCCUGUGGCCCCAAUAUGUGGUGUCGUAGGGGCCACUGUGUGAAGCAGGGUGAUGAGGGCCCCAGGCCUCAGCAUGGUCAUUGGUCCGAGUGGUCAUCAUGGUCUAAGUGCUCUCGUAGCUGUGAAAGUGGUGUGACCUAUCGAGAGAGGCAGUGCAAUAACCCCAGACCUACGAAUGGUGGGAAGUUCUGUGAUGGCUCUUCUAGAUCAUACAAGCUUUGUAACACUGUGGAUUGUCCCCCCAACACUACUGAUUACAGAGCACAACAGUGUGCUGAGUUUAACAGUAAACAGUUUAGAGGAUGGUACUAUACCUGGAGACCUUACACUAGAGUGGAUGAUCAAGAUGUCUGCAAGCUUUACUGCCUUGCUGAAGGAUAUGAUUUCUUCUUUGCCCUGGCCAGCAAAGUUAGGGAUGGGACACUUUGCUCGAAGGAUAGUUCCAAUGUCUGUAUUGAUGGACUCUGUGAGAGAGUGGGGUGUGACCGCGUUUUGGGUUCAGCAGCUGUGCCUGAUGCUUGUGGUGUGUGUAAAGGAGACAACUCCACCUGCAAGAUCUAUAAAGGACAGUACACAAAGCAGCAUUAUACCAACCAGUACUAUGGGGUCGUAACCAUCCCUGCAGGAGCUCGGAGCAUCCGUGUCAUGGAACUAAAUACCUCCAGCUCCUACCUGGCUGUCAGGGACACUGAGAGACACUACUACCUUAAUGGCCGUUGGACGGUGGAUUGGCCAGGGCGUCACUCCAUUGCUGGAACAGUUUUUGAAUAUAAGAGACCAUAUAACAGACCAGAAAGUCUCAUAUCAACUGGAACUACAAAUAAGACACUAGUGAUAGAGGUGUUGUUACAGGGCUGGAAUCCUGGCAUUCAUUGGGAGUAUUCUCUGAAGAAAACUGAUGAAAAGAUGAAUAGGAACCAAAUUAAACAUAGUUAUACUUGGGCUAUCAUACGCUCUCAAUGCUCAACAACUUGUGCUGGAGGACAUAUGAGCACCAAGUCGGCAUGCUACAAAGACAUGAGACUUCAGGUGAACGUGUCGUACUGCAAUCCCAGAACUAGACCAGCAGCUGGAGUGAUACCCUGUAACACACACCCAUGUCCUGCAAGCUGGUCUGCAGGAGAGUGGAGUGCAUGCAGCAGGAACUGCGGAGGAGGGGAGCAGACGCGGCAGGUUCAUUGUGUCCAGAAAACCAGUCAGAGCAACGUAGACACCCUGCCAAAUUCUCAGUGUCCACAUUCAGCACCCACAACGAGACAAGCCUGCAAUACACACAGCUGCCCACCAGUUUGGACCACUGGGUCAUGGUCUCAGUGUUCUCGGAAGUGUGGCCAUGGUCUAAAGAAGAGGAGUGUAUUUUGCACCAGCAGCAACCCAGGUGCUAAAAGUCAAACACUGCCUGACAGCGAGUGUGCAGACCUGCAGAAACCUGCCACUCAAGAAUCCUGCUUCAUCAAACGCUGUCAGAAACAACGUAAAAUCCAGUGGUUUGUCUCUACAUGGCAGGAGUGUUCAGCAACUUGUGGUCGGGGUUAUCAGGCACGCUUUAUCAAGUGUGCUGAAAAGGAUGCUGCAGGGAAAUACAGAGAGCUCACGGACAGAAAGUGCUACCAUGUCCCCAAACCCAAAGUGGAACUCCAGAGGCCAUGCUUAUUGGCUGAUUGUCCUACCCGCACUACUCCUCCUGUACACCAAUGGAGAACCCCUCAUCACCCGGAUCCACCUCGGCCCCUCCCUCAAGCUCCACCAUCACCAGAGUGGAACUCAUCUCCUUGGUCUCAGUGUUCAGUAACAUGUGGAGGGGGAGUGCAGGCCAGGACAGUGCAGUGCCAGAUCAUGGGAAAACCUUCUACCAGCUGUGUCCUUCAUCUUCGACCAUCAUCAUCUCAGGCCUGCAACACUAACUUCUGUCCACAGCCAGAGAAGAAAGAUCUGGCUUGCAGGGAUUACUUCAGCUGGUGUUAUCUGGUUCCCCAACAUGGAGUCUGCAACCACAAGUUCUAUGGCAAGCAGUGCUGCCACUCUUGUUCAAAUUCAAACCUAUAACCCUUCUAAGUGACUGCUGGUGGUGCAUAUGUAGCUAGAUAGCCAAGGGACUAUAUUAAUGCUCAUGCUCAAAAAAGAAAAACAAAAAAUGUUUUCUUAUAAGCAUGUGGCAAGCACUGAGAAAAAUUCAAUGUGCAAGAGAUUUGAAGUGGCUUGCGUUGUUUCUUUGAUGCCGGGCAUUUGAAUGGUCUGAUUCUGACAGAAAGGGAUGAAGUGGAAUGCAAAUCUGACAAGAAUUCCAGGAAGGAAAUUAUGAGAUGCAAGUUAACAGGAAAGAUGACUUCUACAUAGAAGACCAAACAUCUGCUGCACAAAAAGUGGAUAAGUGAUCCAAGGUAUCAACAAGUGUUAGCUUCUUUUUCUUUAUUGGUGUAGAAAUGAUAAUGACAAAGAAAGGGAUGUGUUUAAUAAUUUAAUGACGACUAAAAACCCACCAUAAAAAUAAGAUUAUACCUGAAAGUUAUAACUUCUAGAGAUGAAUGCCUUUGAAAAACAAAACAUCAUACAUGAGAAAGCUACUUCGAGACUGAGCAUAUCUGUGUGAACCGACUUUCAAACUUAUUGGUGCUACAAUUUGUCUUUGAUUUUACUGAAACGAUGUGAUAUCCUUAAGAUUCAGGAAAGAAUUGUUACCUGUGUACAGUAUUGUUUAUUUUAUUUAUUUGCCUUACAAUACAGAAUUGCUGGAAGAUUAUUAUUAAGCUUUUUAUUUCGACCCUUUAAAAGUACCUGAAGUACAGUACCUUAUGUUUUUUACUUACUGACAAAGAAACAGCAUUUAGCAUUAUGUUAUUUUCCUUAUUUUAACAUAAACAAUUAGUAAGUAGAAAUCUGCAGUGGUGUUUAUAAGCAUAUUAUUUAACUGACCUGCAAUGUUUGGUUGAUAGCCGUGUCUUAAAUAUGGCACGGCAAUGCAUUUCUAUUGCCUGUGGUCUAAAAGCAAUGACAGGUGGUGGUUAAUUAUCCGACUGUAUGACCUUCAACAUUUUACACAAUUACAUUAACAAAUGCGUGCCAUGACAUGAGACUAGAUGUCAUCCCAUUUAGUUCAAUGUGGGACCGAAUUUAAACUUUAUAACUGUUAACUGUAGAUGCAAUGGGGGUAAAAGCACAGGAGAAAAACAUGAUUGCUCCAAUUACACUUCUCUGGCUUGUGUUUUUAACACAACAAGGUGCUGUUAUCCUGGCCUUCUGCUGGGUUUGCCUUUCAGUAUGAUUUUAAUAAUCUUGUUAUAGGUAUCACUUGUUUUUAUCUUCAUCUAGGGGCUAGACUGUUGUUUUGUAUGUCAUAGUUUAAUACUCAGCUUUUUACCAGUUGGAUUCUAUUGUUGUAUGUCAAGUUUGUAAAAUUAAAUAUGUUCUUACUCUAA